ACGCGCUUCCUUAGCAACGUGUAUCUGAACCAGGAAGUGCUUGUGUUCGCCGUGGCUAACUAGCUCGGAAGAGGAAGAGCGUGUCACCGCAAAGUUUGUCUUAGUUAGAUUUACGAGUCCGUUUACUGCCCAUGUGCAUUAAACAUAUGCCAGGCAACGCCGCGGUUAACGGAGGGUUGUGUGGCUGAUGGGAGUGGAGUGGAAAUUGUGUGUCAUGAAUGUCAUGAUUUUCUUGCUGCUAUCUGAUAGGUCAUGAUAGGCUUGUCAAGUUAUGCAGGGGUUAUGGAAAGUCUAGUGAAUUCUGCUGAAGACCAGCAGCGCUCCUCGCCCCUGGGAAACUCAUGGUCCAAGAAGGAGGAUCUAAAUAGGAAUCAAGGGCUGAAAGGGGUUGGAGGAUUUGUUUUGGUACAUGCAGGAGCAGGAUACCAUUCCGAAUCAAAGGCCAAGGAGUACAAGCAUGUGUGCAAAAGAGCCUGCCAGCGAGCUGUGGACCGUCUCAAAGCUGGGGCACUUGCAGUGGAAGCAGUGGCUGCCGCACUGGUUGAACUCGAGGAUUCUCCUUUUACAAAUGCUGGCUUGGGCUCCAACCUUAAUUUGUCUGGGGAAAUUGAAUGUGAUGCGAGCAUCAUGGAUGGGAAGUCCCUGCAAUUUGGUGCUGUUGGUGCUAUUAGUGGUAUUAAGAAUCCAGUCUUGGUUGCAAAUUGCCUACUGAGUGAAGCACAAAAAGGAAAACUCUCAGCUGGCAGAAUACCACCCUGCUUUUUGGUGGGCCGAGGUGCAAAUGAGUGGGCAAUUAGCCACGGAAUACCACCAUGCCCUUCUGAGAAAAUGACCACCAAGUUCAGUUUAUCUGCAUACAAGAGGAACAAGCGUAAGAUGGAAGUAGCAGAGAAAAUGAACACAGGUCACAAUCAGACAAAGAAAAUACGACUCUCAGCUGAAAAUGAUUCAGGGUGCCUCGACACAGUGGGAGCGGUCGUGGUCGAUCUGGAAGGGAAUGUAGCUGCAGCAGUGUCCAGUGGAGGCCUGGCUAUGAAACAUCCCGGCAGAGUUGGACAGGCUGCUCACUAUGGAUGUGGCUGCUGGGCUCAGAAUGCUUGUAAUAUGAACCCUUACGCUACAGCAGUGAGUACCUCAGGCUGUGGAGAGCAUCUGAUUCGCACCAUGCUGGCACGGGACUGUUCUGCUGCUAUGCAGUCUGAGGAUGCCCACCAAGCACUGCUGGAGGCUAUGCAAAACAAGUUCAUCAGCUCACCCUUUCUGGCCAGUGAAGACUGUGUUUUGGGUGGAGUCAUUGUCCUGAGGUGCUGCAGAUGUGUGGAGGCUCAAAAUAUUCAGGGUAUACUCGGCGCUACCCGACAGCAAUCAAAUGCUGAUCUACAGACAAGCAGCUGGGGCUACUGACAGUUCCUCCUGCUGUGAUCCCAGGCUCAGGCCAACAAUAAGUGUUUUCUGUUGUUGCCUUGUGGACUUGUUAAUAUUAUCAUGCUUGUCAAGACCACUGGACAUGUUUAUUUCAAAGCAGAUUACAUUCCUUUGCGGUGUUGCAGUGCAUAACAUCUUUAUUUCAAACUAAACAUAAUGGCAAAUGCCAAGUGAAGUGAUAAUUAUAUUAUGUUCUGUCAGCUUGAACAGUAAAAUGGUUCAAAGCCCCAUUGAGUCAUGCACAGUCCCAGUCUGAUGUUGUUUAUGGACCAUAGUCCUUGCGUAUGGUGUGGACUACCUCAGGUUACUGUUGACUGCACUGUAAACAGAAUACCAACCACAUCCUAUGGUGCUGUGAUUGCAAUCCAGUUGCUUCCACCUUCCUCUGUAGUUAUAUCACAACCGCAACUCAUUCAUUUCCAUAAUAAUGGGCAUGCUCAGGGUUUACUGAAGUUUAGUGCACUGACUCAUCCGCCAAAUAUUUUCUGCAGGCAGAUGACAAGCUUGUUGGUUUUUGUGUUCGUUUUACAAGGCUGAACUUUUUUAGUUUACUAACAUGGCAUGUUCUGCUCUGUACUCUGUUUGAUUCAAUGAGUGUUUUUAUCUGUGCGUU